UGGAUCCCUGAGGAACUCCACAGGAGUUAGCAGCUGUAGACGAUGAUAAAUUACCUAAAGUAAAACCUUUAAAUGUUAAAUCUUUGUAAAGCUGUAGCAUGAAUACCAACCACACUGUGAAGGCAAUUAAUUCAGGCAGCCUGUUGUUCAGUAUCAAAGGCCACAAGGUCCAGAAGAAGAAGUACGAUCGUGGCUUUAUCAAGAGCAAAUCAUUUAAUUACAUCCGAGCUUUUUCUGUCUUGGAGAGUAAUUUAAAAACAUCUUCAUGGCGGUGACAGAUGUGAGAGGGCGUAACCCGAGGACGACGGCGAUGCUGCUGCUGGGCACAAAUCAUCCUGCCGUAAACGUUACCCCCCUUUACAUUCAGCUCAUGUUCUCAGCCUCGCCUGUAAAUGUACAUGAGAGGGAGGAGAAGAAAGAGAAGAAAAAAAAAAGGCAGUGGGUGACCGAGACAGCAAACGACACAAUGAGAGGGAGGGAGAGAGAGAGAGGAAGGGAGGAGAUGCUGUGGGUGAGUGAGUGGAAGCGAUCAUUAAUACGAAUUUAAAGGAUGUGAGGAGAGGACUGCGAGCAGAGCAGCCAGCGUUUGGAGGAGUGAGGCAGCAGGAGAGGGCGGAUGGGAAGAGGAGAGGAGUUCACCGGUCAACUGUGAGUGCAGUGAUCCACAACAACCAGGUGGUGUGUGUGUUUUUUUUGUCAGAAGAAGAAAAGGAAAAGAAGAGCUCUGUGACGAAUGAAGAGUGUGUGAAAGCACCUCCAGCUGAGCGACACAACACACACAUCUCUCACGCGAGAUGAACACAUUCAGUUUGCGGAGUGUCGGCGCAGCCGGCGAGCAUCCUCUGCUACUUUCAACACCUGCUGGUUGUUGAGCUGUUGAAGAUUCAUGCGGACCGGAGGCAAACAAUCGAAACAGGUGAAGCUCUUGUGGACGGCAAAGAGCUUUUGAGGACGUUCGAGCGCCCAGAAACGAGCACCAGGUUCUCGGUUCGGGAUGCUAAAAAAAUCAGAGUUGCGAUGUGGAUUAAGGGGAUGAAUCCCGAGGAGGAGCCAGGGAGGGAUGAGGUUGUUGUGGUGGGCGAGAGGGCAAGAAAGGGCUGCCCCUGCUGCCCUGUGGCGCGUCCGGAUGCCUCCACCUCCACCUCUGCCUCCCCGUGAAGCAUGCAGGUCCUACAGAUCGUCAAGGAGCUGGUGUCGCCGUCCAGACGCAGGGCAGCGGCCAGAUUUGGAGCGUCUGAUACCGAGCAUGAUGCGGCGGUGAAACUUGACCAGGAGCGGGCUGAGAUCGUCGCCAAAUAUGACAAGGGAAAAGAGGCCACCGUGGAGCCGUGGGAGGACACCAACUUCCACCUGUACAAAGUCAUCGACCGCUUUGGCUUCCUCCAUGAGAAUGAACUUCCAUCCUACGACUCGGUGGAGGAGAAGCAAAAACACACAGAGGUGGAGAGAACCAGCAAGUGGCUGAAGAUGCUGAAGAGCUGGGACAAAUACAAGAACAGUGAGAAACUGGUCAGGAGGAUCUAUAAGGGAAUUCCCCUCCAGCUCCGAGGGGAGGUGUGGUGUCUGCUGCUCGACGUUCCCAAAAUAAAGGAGGAGAAGAAAGACUUUUACGAGAAACUAAAAGCCAGAGCCCGAGGACUCUCGCCCGACAUCCGGCAGAUCGACUUGGACGUGAACCGGACCUACAGGGACCACAUCAUGUUCAUGCAUCGCUACGAUGUCAAGCAGCAGGCUCUGUUCCACGUCCUCACAGCGUACUCCAUGUACAACACGGAGGUGGGGUACUGUCAGGGCAUGAGUCAGAUCACCGCUCUGCUGCUGAUCUACAUGAAUGAAGAGGACGCCUUCUGGGCUCUGGUCAGACUCCUGUCCGGACAGAAGCACUCCAUGCACGGGUUUUUCGUCCCCGGCUUCCCGAAGCUGAUGCGUUUCCAGGAGCACCACGACCGCAUCCUCAAGAAGAUGAUGCCCAAACUGAAACAGCACCUGGAUAACCAGGAGGUGUUCACCAGCCUCUACACCAUGAAGUGGUUCUUCCAGUGCUUCCUGGACAGAACGCCCUUCACGCUCACCCUCAGGAUCUGGGACAUCUACAUCUUGGAGGGAGAGAGGCUGCUGCCCGCGAUGUCCUACACCAUCCUCAAACUGCACAAGAAGCACCUGAUGAAGCUGUCCAUGGAGGAGCUGGUGGAGUUUCUUCAGGCGUCGCUGUCCAAAAAUUUCUACUUCGAGGACGACUUCGUGAUCGAGCAGCUGCAGGCGUCCAUGACGGAGCUCAGGAGGGCGAAGCUGGACCUGCCGGCACCAGGUAAAGAGGAAGAGUUUCCCAAGAAGCCUCUCGGGCAGCUUCCUCCUGAGCUGGCAGCGGCGGGCGUGAACCACGUGGCCAACGGUCAGAGCCACGCCGAGCCAGCCGAGCCGCCCGCGGACCUGAGUCCUCAGCGGGACAGUCGGCCCCCCAGCCGGGCACGCCGAGACUCGCUGGAUAGAGCGCACCGCCACCACAAGCCCCGCUCCAGGGGGUCAGGGGAGAUCCCGAAUGAGCACCAAAGGCAGUCCACCUCCACCACGCCAGAGAGGCGAAUGACACCACCCGCAGGCCCAACCCCCACGCAACACCCCGGCACUGCGGACAGAAGGAAGCAUCAGAGCCACGCCACCGCCAACCACAACUCCAACGCUGUCUCCAGCUCUCACAGAGAGAUCACCCCGCGCUGGUUCAAACCCUCUGAGACCAAGCUGGAAGCCGUCAAAGCGGCGGCGGCCCGGGAGGUCCAGCUGAGUCGAGGGCCGUCGCCGGCUCCUUCCAGCCCAGACGACAGCGCUCUGCCCCACCGCCGGCCGCGCUCCAAGGGUUUCCUCCCCGGUACUGACCGAGGUUCCAACGCCUCACAGUACGACAACGUGCCGGGGCUGCCGGAGCAGAACUUCGAAAUCCUGGAGCUGGAGAGACCUCCGUCCAGAAUGAAGACACCUCGUAGCGAGACACCUUUCAGUGUAUCGUCCCUCCAUCAUCAAGGCAGCCCCAGUCGUGGACCCAGUCUGGCUGGGAGCGCUGUGUCCGUCUCGUCAGGGCCCAGGAUGGCCAAACACCCCCUUCCUCCUUCUUUUGUCCACAACAGUCCAGCGGGCGUCCACGCCGGUUACCCUGGCAACCACAGCCAGUACCACACCCCUCCGCAGCAGCACUCCCCGGCCAGAACCACGACGGAGGUCCCCAUCUUCCAUCCCGCCUACCCCGUGAGCCUGGACCACAGAGGAGAGGACAGACUCUACGCUCCGCCCUCCCGGUUUACUCCACCCUCCAGCAUGGCGUACGGGGAGCGAGCGUACGCCACCACCCAGCGGCAGCCAAGCAGCCUCUCCCCGGAGAAGGCUCUCAUGAACAACUCCUUCACCACCUACCGCAGGCAGCCGCCGCCUAACUCCACCUCCCGCAACGCCCGGCCUCCGCCGGAGCACUCCCUGCAGCUGGAAACACAGGGCAGCUCCACCCCCAUCUACCUGCAACAGCUCACCUCCACCGCACAGGUGUACGCUCCAGUGGACUACAGGUUCGAAGGGCACCGGAGAGGCGAGGCGAACCCCUCGCACUACCCGCCAGAGAGCGGGUCCCGGCGGCCUGUAGACGGGCUCCCGUGGUCGCCGGAGGAUGAGCUGCCCCCUCCGUCCCCGGGCGGGAUCCCCCGCUCGCCGAGCUUCCAGCGGGCCCAAAUGUCGCCGGUUCAGGAGUUCACGUUCCCGGCCAACCCGGACAGCCUGCUCCACUACAGGACACAGUUCCAAGAGCAGCAGCCCGUCAUGAGGCAACAGCUCCCCCAGCUGUUCGGAGGACCACACUACAGGCACGCACAGGAGGCGUUCGCCAUGCAGGAGUCCAUGCUGCUGUGAUCGGAAGACACUGUAAAAAAAAAAAAAAAAAAAAAAAUGAGGUCGUAGUCGCUGACACUGUGGUAAAGACGAGCACUCGUCCUCGCUGUUGUUCUGUGUGAAGUACUGACCUUCUGACCGUCACACUGCAUCGUAACGUUGCAGGACGCACCAGCCUCCGACGUUUUUACUGAUCACUUUAAAACAAAGACAAAAAAAAAACUGACUGAAGAUUUUAUUUUAUUUUUGGAUGUAAAUCGUUAAUGAGAGGCAACAGUAUAUAUCUUUUAGAGUCUGACAUGUACAGUGGAUUGUUUUUGUUAAUAUGCUGUUAUCAGUAGCAGAACUGAUUUUUCCAUCUUUAUUUUUUUAUAUGUUACUUCCAGAUAUUUACAUUAGAGGUCGACUUUACUCGAUUAUACGCUCGUGAAUGUUUUAUUUCUCACACAGAUGAAAUAAUACCGAUGAUAGACGCUUAGACCGAGCAGGGUUUGAUGUUUUAUUUUGUAGUUUCAGUUCCUGAUUAACUGACGUGCAAUGAAUUUCUCCCUCGCACAUGAAGUACAGUACAUUUGUAUUCGACACACAAUCCUGAUUAGAGAUUUCGAGACAUAGAGCUAAUUUGUGAGGGCUAAUAAUAUAUAUGAAUAUAUUUCUGUUUGCUCUGUAACCAUCUGUUUAUUUCUUAUCGCUGUACUGUUGAUGCAGCCACAGACUUCAUCAUGUCCUAUUAUUCUCAACACUGUCAUAUCGACUACUGUUCAGCUGCUGGUACUUCCACUGGCGCUCACACAUAUUCACACAGACACACACACUACAUGUCAACAUUAAAGUCACAUUCCCUGUUAUCAUCGUCACUAUUAUUAUUGUUGCUGUUGUUGGUUUUGAAGCAGUUAAUCUCAAACAGUAUUGGCGUACUGUUCAUCACAUUCCCUGAGUUUUCUUUGGUUUCUGUUAAACGACUAACUGCAGAUCGUUCUGAUACUUUGCUUAAUAAAAUGAGGUGGGGUGAAAACCAA